GUCUGUUUGCCUAUUAUGAGCGAUCACUGGAGCGUGGAUAAUAUAGCAAGUGACAAUGAAAAGCCCGAUAGUGAAUACUAAUUCUCAUCCACUUUUCUGGAGUAAGAGUUUUAAUAGCAAGUGAAAUAAUGCAAACGGUAGUCGGCUGUCCUUAUUUUGGUUUCCGAAGAAGAAAAUAAUGGUGCGCCCUUCAUUGUAUUCAGUUUGCAUUUUUUGUAUGUAGAAAAGUUUAACAGUGCAUUGAGAAGUGAAUGCGACGCCACUCGUACUCGCUUCAGAUUGGAUCUAGGCCUACUUACUGUUCAGUCUUAUCUUAUUUAGUGACAUGAACGGAAUGAAAAUGAAGAAGUGUUACGAAACAACUCACUCAGUUGUCCAGCUUCUCCUCAUGCUUUGGAUGACAUCCCUCGUCCACAUUGCAGCUGGGGAUUUAUUUUCUUGCUCGGGAUCUAACAUGAACGUGUCAAUGACGUUUGUUUGCGAUGGAUAUUACGACUGUGAUAAUUAUGAGGAUGAAUCAUCAUGUAACAAUUCAGCGACAUAUCUUGAGGAAGGCGAAUCAAAUUUCAUCUCCGUACCCUACGCCACUCCAAGACGAUUGUAUAACGCAACCAUUCUACAAACAAACGUUACAAAUGGAUUUCGAGUUGUGUUCCAAUAUGUUUAUAGCGGUAGUAAUGAUGGUGAAGUUCAAAUAGGGACAGGUAAUGAUCCGUCUGACAUACAGUCUGUCAUCACAACUAUCACAGGAUUCAUAAACUACACUCCUGAUGAUGUCUAUGUAGAUACCAAUGAGAUGUGGUUUGCUGUUAUAGGACCAAAGAGGUAUCCCAUGCGUGAAAUGGACGUUGAGAUCAUUUCCGUUGACCUAUCAACCUUAUUUGAUUGUUCGAGAUCCAACAUGAGCGUGUCACCGACUGUCCUGUGCGAUGGGCUUUACAACUGCGAUCAUUACGAGGAUGAAUUAGCAUGCAAUUAUUCAGCAACUUAUCUUAAGGAAGGCGAAUCACAUUUCCUCACCACACCACAGACCACGAGAACACGAUUGUAUAACGCAAGAAUUCUACAAACAAACGCUACGAAUGGAUUUCGAGUUGUGUUCCGAGAUUUCUUUUUCUUUAUUGAUGAUGUAUUUCAAGUAGGAACAGGUAACGAUCCGUCCGACAAACACUCUGUCAUCACAACUAUCCAAGGAUACAUAAACUACUCUCCAGAUGAUGUCUAUGUAGAUACCAAUGAAAUGUGGUUUGCUGUAAUAGGAGCAAGUGGUUACUCAACUCUAAGAAUGGAUGUUGAGAUCAUUUCCAUUAAGCUAUCAACCUUAUUUGAUUGUUCGAGAUCCAACAUGAGCGUGUCAUCGACUGUCCUGUGCGAUGGGCUUUACAACUGCGAUCAUUACGAGGAUGAAUUAGCAUGCAAUUAUUCAGCAACAUAUCUUGAGGAAGGCGAAUCACAUUUCAUUUCCUUACCAUACACCCGUACAAGCCGAUUUUAUUACGUAACCUUGCUACAAACAAACGCUACGAAUGGAUUUCGAGUUGUGUUCCAAUCUUUGUAUCUCUCAAAUGAUAUUGAGGUCCAGGUCCAAAUAGGGACAGGUAACGAUCCGUCUGACAUACAGUCUGUCAUCACAACUAUCCAUGGAUACAUAAACUACUAUCCAGAUGAUGCCUACGCUACCAAUGAUACCUAUGUUGAUACCAAUGAGAUGUGGUUUGCUGUCAUUGGAGGAAAGGGUUUCAGCACUCUUCUGAUGGAUGUUGAGAUCAUUUCAUCAACCUUAUUUGCUUGUUCGAGCUCCAACAUGAGCGUGCCACAGACUGUCCUGUGCGAUGGACGUUACCACUGCGAUCAUUACGAGGAUGAAUUAGCAUGCAAUAAUUCAGCAACAUAUCUUGAGGAAGGCGAAUCACAUUUUAUCUCCUUACUUUACACCACUACAAGACGAUUGUAUAACGCAACCCUACUACAAACAAACGCUACGAAUGGAUUUCGAGUUGUGUUUCAAGAUUUGCUUCUCUAUCAUGAUGACAAAGUUAAAAUAGGGACAGGUAACGAUCCGUCCGACAUACAGUCUGUCAUCACAACUAUCCAUGGAUACAGAACCCAAGCUCCCAGUGAUGUCUAUGUUGAUACCAAUGAGAUGUGGUGUGCGGUCAUUGGAGCAAAGAAUAUCUCAAGGCUGGAAAUGGACGUUGAAAUAAUUUCUAUUGAUUUAUCAAUUGACUGUUCUGGUAGCAACCCCUGUCUCAACGGAGGUACAUGUGAGAGCGAUGCAUGUACAUGUGCUCCGGGAUAUACAGGAGCUUUUUGCGGAAACACGAUUAACUGUUCUGGUAGCAACCCAUGUCAGAACGGAGGUAACUGUGACAGCAAUGCAUGUACAUGUGCUCCGGGAUUUACUGGAUCUUUGUGUGAAAGAGGUAUCGCUGAUCUUUGCACCCAACGAAACCCGUGCGUCAAUGGUGACUGCCGUCCCAUUGGGCAAGGACAGUACGCGUGUGAAUGCCAAGAUCAUUAUGAGGGGAUCCAUUGUGAUGAACCAACUCUUCCUUUGGAGGUUUCUGUCCAUCCGUCAAGCCAGAUAGUCAACAUCAAUGCCAACGUGGAGCUGAUAUGUACUUUCAACUAUGCCAAGCGUUACCACUGGUACAGAGAUGAUGUCCUUUUGCCCAACAGUGAAAAUCAGAAUCCUUUGAUAAUCCUGUCUGUCGCGCCCAGUGACAUCGGGUAUUACUUUUGCCGAGGCUCGGGGAGAAAUGGAGAAACAUUAGACACGAUGGCAGCAUCUGUAUAUGUCAAAGAUCUGACCAAUAUAAAAGUUUUGAAUGCUAGAUUUGCCAUUCCAUUCGGCAAUGAGCUUUAUGACAAAACUUCUAAACUCUAUAGAGAAACGGCGUUCAACAUCAGCUCCUAUGUGGAGCAAGGCCUCCAAACCCGUACUGGGUUAGAGAGCGUAUCGGUAGUAUGCAGAGCCCUAAAACCAGGAAGCGUCAAAGCUGACAUGAAUAUCUACAUCGAGCAGACCAAUAUGACGGCACUGAAGACACAAGAUCUUAUCGGUCUAUCUCUUGAGAGUCUAGCCAAUGAAUCGAAUGGUUUUCUCGAUUCCAACACCAUUUCAGUUCAAGAUAACGCUAUUUGCCAGAAUAUCUCAUGGAUUUCUCCUCGGUUUGAAAGAGUCGACUUCCCGGUGGGUGAAAACGGAACGUGGGCAAAUUCAACAGGAAUGUGUCCAUUCAACACGACUCAAGCCAAGGAACCCAUUGGACGGGCUCUGUGUAUCGGCGAUGGCAUUACUCAGAGCCAGUGGCAACCUGUGGAUAAUUGCGGACCAUUUAGAAAUGUCACAGAUAUUCUCACCGAAAUUGCACAGGUAAUCGUAGGUGAAGAAAACGCAGAUGAAGUGAGCCAGCAAGUAUCAUCUGUUACUUCCAACAUCGAGGAUAUCACAUCAGAUGACAUCGCGUUUGUGGCAGAGAUAACAUCAAACAUUGUGCAGCAAAAUCUUACUAGUGAAGAGGUAACAGAGUCUUUAACGAGUAUUGCGAGCAAUAUAGCUCAAGUAGAAACAGAGGAACUUAAUGCCGCAGAGGAAGAAGAUGGGUCAAUAAGUAAGUUUGUCCAGGCUUUUGAGGAACAAAUCAGUCGUGUCGAGGUUGUCGAUGGUGGGAUGCUCAAUAUUCAGCAGCCGAAUGUAGCCGUACAGGUUCAGAGUGUACUUGCUGACAACAUAAUGAGCGGUCUCGUGCUUUCGCUAGCUGGAUCCAGUUUUUCAGACCUGACCAAGUCCAAUAUCACAAUUAGAGCUCCGACCCAAGAUGACCACGAUGACGUCAUUGCUACCAGACCAGACAUCAUCGCUCAGAUCAACAUUCCAUCUUCAGUUUCAUCCUUCAUUUCGUCCACGGCCCCACUCUCAGGAUCGCCGUCGAAUGUCGGUGGUGAAUACGUCCGGGUCAACUUCAAUGUAUUUUCAAGUCCAGCACUGUUCAUUUCUAAAUCAUUGCGCACGAUCAGUGCAAAUAAUGAGGACUUCAAUCGAUCAGCUAACUCUCCCGUGAUUUCUCUCAGUAUUGGUCAAGGGAAAGUAUCAGCCUUGUCCGAAAACAUCAACUUUACCUUCACUACAUUAAUGUCUGGAUACGUGAAUCCCAUGUGUUCAUUCUGGGAUGAGGAGGAGGAGGAUUGGUCCCAAGAUGGGUGUGUUCUUGUUUCUGGAUUCACAUCAUCAGAUGGGCGCUAUGACGAGGAGCGCGUGCGCUGUGCGUGUGAUCAUCUCACCAACUUCGCCGUUAUAAUGGAUAUCCACAAACAGGAGGAUUUAUCAAUCAAGGCAUACAACAUCCUGACUUACAUUGGAUGCUGUAUUUCUAUCUUCAGUCUUCUUGUCACAUUGGCAACCUACCUGUGGAAUAAGGAUUUGAGGACCAAACAGACUGACCAGAUCUUCAUCUGUCUGUGCCUGACCUUGCUGUGUCUCUACACGACAUUUGUCAUCAUGAUCUCUCUGGAUUCUACCAGAGAAUAUCGUGAGGUCAAAUCUGGGCCAUGUGGGCUCCUGACGGCCCUUGUUCACUUCUUCGUUUUGUCCUCCAUUGCCUGGAUGGGUGUAGAGGGGUACAAUAUCUAUCUCAUCAUUGUGAAGAUCUUUAACACCUACAUCCAGAAUUUUAUGAUCAAGGCUUCCUUAGCUGCAUGGGGAAUUCCUGCACUUAUCGUGGUUCUUACCGGAGCUAUUGCUAGAGGCUCUUACGCCCAUGAUGAUCUAUGCUUUCUUCAAUUCUGGGCUCAAAUCGGUGGUCUCCUGAUUCCCAUGUCCAUCAUUCUCCUCAUCAACAUUGUCAUCUUCAUCUUGGUGGUUCGACAAUUGCUCUGGUCAGCCAACAUCGCUGGUCGGGUGAAAGGAGAGGCUAAGGCAGAACGUCGAGAGACUAUCGAACGCGUCCAGAACGCGAUCUGCAUCUUGCUCCUGCUCGGUCUGACCUGGGUCACCGGAUAUCUUCUUUUGAUCCCGUUAUUUAGUCAGGUGGCUAAGCCAAUCUUCGUCGUUCUGAACUCCUUCCAAGGAUUUUUUAUCCUUCUACUCUACUGCGUCCGGAAGCCUCACAUCCGUAAGAAAUGGGGGCUAACUUGUUUCGACAAGUUCCUAAAGAAAGAAGCAAGCAAUUCCAGUGGUGGGGUAAGCUCGACGACGCCAUCCUCGUCAGCUGGCAUGAUUAGCAAUUUGCGCCCAGGAGCCUCGGACAAUUACUUGUUGCCUACCAAAGACGAUAAUCCCGAUCCUAUAUGUAUGUUCAAUCCGACCUAUGAUAACAGCCAGUUUCAGGAAGGGGUCACACCAUCUAUGAACAAAGAUCUCCAAAAUUCCAUCGAAGAACAGAAGAAUGACACGGAUCGUAAUGCAACAGGCACUGAUGUCGUGACGGUAAGUCUUCCUCUUGAUGCAUCUGUCACAAAUGCCACCAAGAGAGGUGAUAAUAUUUCCUCCACCACGGAUGCUGACACGGUCAGUGUUACUCUGGGUUCAAUUGAUGUCAGGAAUGCUACUGAGGGUACCGAUGAUGUUGCUUCCAACAACAACGAUGCUGCCGCCAGUUUCCCUAAGGAUGCAGAGGAUGGCACCAAACACAAUGAGAGGAGUAAUGAUGUUGCUUUAUAAGUGAUGCCUUCGUCAAUCUUCCAAUGGGUUCAAUGGAUGUCAGCAAAGAAAAUUAGAGCAUUGUCAUAGAUGCUAGUGGCACCACCGAUUUUAUAACGGCCAAUGGCACACUUGAGGUAUUGACUGUAGCAAUGUAUUCAUUUUUACUUGAUUGAAAAAAAAAUGUAAACGGAUUUUUAUUUACUGUUUUAAAAGCCACAAGAACUGAGGACAUGAUGAUAUAGUGACAUACUAGGCAGUAGAGGGGUCGGCUGGGUGACGGCUGACCCCCCCCCCCCCAUCACCCCCUCCUAUGGUAUUUGCAAUUACUAAUAGUAGAGCACCACAUAUUUGGGCAACCAGAUGAAUCGUAUUUGUUUUCAUCUUUACUAUAUUUCAAUGACGAAAUUACAUCUGUAUAUAUGUAUAUGUACCUUAUCGAAGUAUUCAUAGUCAGAUGAUUUUCUUAAAAUGAUAUUUUGUGGUGUUUUACUCAGAAAAGAGGUUUUCUCAUCUAAAAAAAAAGGAUAACGAUGAUGAUGACGAUACAAUAAUAUUUUUUCUCAAUACAUUUUAGUCAUUUCUUUAGACAUGACAAGAUAUUUAUAUAUGGUAUGGUAUCUAUUUUAAAUUCUUCAUAAAUAAUGGGAGACGUGCGUAUAGCUUAAUGCAAAGUUCCCCAUUGCUGUCCUCUUUUUAAAAUUUAUUUGCGAUGGUUGAACAAAUUGUCUUCGCCGGGAAUCGAACCGUGUCACUAGCUGAGAACGCCUAUGCAUUAACCACUAGACCACAUAGACGGGCCUGUGGCUUCGGCGACACGAAAAUCAAUUGAACGACAGAAUUGGCAAAUCUCCUGGAAAAUAUAUAUCCAUGUAUAUACUCCUGCGUCGGAUGACGAAAAAUAGAGAAGUGAAGAAGAAAUAAUGGAAAAAUAGGAGGGGAUACAAUUGACAGAUACAUGCAGUUCUUGAAGUUACCUUGUUUUGCCAUGAUUAUACUGUCUAUAUUGUUUCAUGCGCUUCUUAAUUUAAAGUGUUUUUAGUCGAAAUUAAUAUCACAAAUUUUUACUCAGAAAAAUGUACUUUAUUCUAUAUUAAUCUGCUUGUAUUCGUUACCGAUUUUGUUAAAGCAUUAACUUCACUUUUCAGGGUGUCCCUGAAAAAAGAGACACAAGUCUAUCGUUCAAUUAUUCAAAAAAUAAGCAAAAAAAUGAUUUUCCUUCAAAUAUCGAUCAAGGUUAAUUGUCUCUAAAGCCCUAUACAUUUUAACUCACACGAAUUGAUGAAGAAAUCUUAUGGAAUGAAAGUGACAGGAAUUUACACACAGAAAUACACAUGUAAGGCAAAAAUAUAAAGGUGCAAAUGUACGCAGACAAAUUUAUAUAAGACGAAAGUAAUAGUCACAGGAGAAAUAUCUUUUAAAUCAACUGUGUGAAAGGUAGGUAUUUAGGCUAGCAUUUAAAUGAAGAAAAAAAUGAAGAUGAAAAUAUCAGGCCUUAUAUGAUGAGUUUCGAUAAUUCCCGAAUCAUUUUUCUUUUCGAAACAACUAUCAUCGACCCGUCAGACAUCAUUGUUCAGUCAUAUGUGAUGAAAUGAACAUACUCUUGUUGUCAAUAUUAUGAUAGAAGGGGAAAUGAGCUUUGCAGCGAUGUAUACAUUAAUGAUAGAAAUAAUUGGGGGUAUUAUGGAGUAAUUUAUGAAUAUAAACCUGGGUUUCUUUUAUCACAGACACCCUGUUUUGUAGCUCGUUUCAUGCUGGAGUGCUUAGUAAAUUUCUGAUACUGCUGAUAAAUAGCAUGAAAAAUCAGAACAUUACUGUUACUAUCAUUUGUAUCAUCGUGUGAACCUAUAAUUGUAUAAAAGCAAGCUUAGUAAUAAAGUAAUUGGUGGAGUGGAAA